AUGUCGAAUACAACAGUUUUGACCGACCCAGCCCCAGAUUGGCUUAAUAAGGGUGACCAAGCAUGGCAGCUAACAGCGGGUACAUUGGUGGCACUUCAAUCUAUCCCGGGCCUUGCAAUUCUCUACGCAGGUUUCGUGAAGAAGAAAUGGGCCAUCAACUCCGCCUUUAUGGUGUUCUAUGCAUUCUCCGCCACGCUUGUCUGUUGGGUUAUAUGGGCAUACAAAAUGGCGUUUGGUGAGCAGUGGGGGAAAUUUCCUCUACUCGGAACACCUGGGCCCGUUUUGACCAUGGAACAAAAUCUGGCCCAAGCCACUUUACCCGCUGCCGGGAUCUCUACCAAUUUCAAUUUGUCGACAAUGAUCUACUUCCAGUUUGUUUUUGCUGCUAUUACAGUUAUCAUCCUGGGUGGAUCUCUGCUCGGUCGUAUCAAUCUUCUGGCUUGGAUGGUGUUUGUGCCAUUGUGGAUCACCCUGAGUUAUACAGUCGGGGCAUUCAGUCUUUGGGGUGGAGGCUUUCUGUCUCAAAUGGGCGUGUUGGAUUAUUCAGGUGGAUAUGUCAUUCAUCUAAGCUCGGGCACUGCAGGAUUCACUGCUGCAUAUUGGCUAGGCCCUCGAUUGAAACGCGACAGAGACUCUUUCUAUCCAAACAAUGUUCUUCUCAUGUUAGUUGGCGCGGGUAUACUUUGGGUCUGUUGGAAUGGGUUCAACGGAGGUGACCCGUACGCUGCAAGCCCCGAUGCAGGCGUUGCCGUUCUAAACACAAAUAUCUGCACGGCCAUGAGCCUUCUUGUGUGGACUACUCUGGACUUUGUCUUUUUCAAGAAGCCAUCCGUCAUUGGUGCUGUCCAAGGAGAGAUCACGGGUCUUGUCGCAAUUACCCCCGCUGCUGGUUUUGUUACCGGCUGGGGUGCCAUCAUCAUUGGUGCCUGCUCAGGCUCGAUUCCGUGGAUAUCAAUGAAUGUCCUCGGGAGAAUGGAAUGGAUGAAGAAGGUUGAUGACGUUAUGGGCGUGGUCCAUACCCACAUGGUUGCUGGCUUCCUCGGAGGCUUUCUCACUGGUAUAUUUGCGACAAUCGACGGAUGUGCUGCCUUCGGACUCAAAAACCCCGGAGGUGCGAUUGAAGGUAACGGAAAACAAGUCUGGUUACAGAUUGUUGGCGCACUAUUCAUUAUCGGCCUGAACUUAUUCAUGACCUCUCUUAUCUGCGUCUUUAUCAAGUACGUCUUGCGCAUACCAUUGCGCUUGAACGAACAGCAACUUCUGGUUGGGGACGAUGCCGUUCAUGGUGAAGAGGCCUAUGCAUUGUUCUUCGAGGGCGAACGAAGUCAUAUCAGUCUCCACACGACGGGAUUCGAGAGUGGACAUAUUGUCGAUACCAAUCAUCUGGGAAACCACGAAGGUGGAAGUGGUCAAGAAAGCCCUUCGGGAUCCGGUGCUGCAAAGAUGGCGGCAAAGUGUUGA